AGGUUCCUCAUUGCGCUACUGUGUGUUUCAGUGUAUGUGCGUGCGCUCGCAUGGCUGAUUCCUCUCCGACAUUAUUCUCUUUAACGUAAAUGCAACUUAACACAACGUUCUCUGACAUUUGACAGGAAUCAUGGGUUGUAAAAAAUCCAAGUUGGAUGAUGACCAAAAUGGAUGUGUGCUUGAAGUGAACAAACACAAGCCAGUACGUACUGACCAAACUGUAUAUGUGAGCGAUCCAACCUCCCGUAAGCCUCAUAUAAAUAAUUCCCCCCCAGAGCUCCUACCGGGUCAGAUGUUCCAAAAAAUGGAAGAAACAGAUAAAAUAGUCAUCACCCUGUAUCCCUAUGAGGCUAUUCAUGCAGAUGAUCUAGGCUUUAAAAAAGGAGAGAAGUUAAAGGUUUUAGAAGAGCAUGGAGAGUGGUGGAAGGCCAGGUCUUUGAGCUCAAAGAAAGAAGGAUUUAUUCCCUCAAACUAUGUUGCAGAAGUGGACACUAUGGAAACAGAAGAAUGGUUCUUUAAAGACAUGACUAGGAAGGAUGCAGAGAGACAGCUAUUAGCACCUGCUAACAAACCUGGAUCUUACCUCAUACGGGAGAGUGAAACCUCGAAAGGAAGUUAUUCACUGUCACUCAGAGAUGUGGAUGCUCAAAAGUUAGAUGUUGUUAAACAUUACAAGAUCAGGUCUCUGGAUAACGGCGGCUACUACAUAUCUCCAAAAAUCACAUUCGAUGACAUCAACAGCAUGAUAAAACAUUACCACAAACAAGCAGACGGACUGUGUCGAAAACUAGAGAAGCCAUGCGAGAAGCCCAAAGCGCAGAAACCUUGGGACAAGGAUGCCUGGGAGAUCUCCAAAGAAUCCAUAAAGAUGGUGAAGAAGCUUGGAGCAGGGCAGUUUGGAGAGGUGUGGAUGGCUUACUACAAUAACAGCACAAAAGUGGCGGUGAAAACGUUAAAGCCGGGCACAAUGUCAGCGGAAGCUUUCCUAGAGGAGGCGAACCUUAUGAAAACCUUACAGCAUGAUAGACUGGUGCGCCUCUAUGCAGUGAUCACCAAAACCGAGCCCAUCUACAUCAUCGCUGAAUUUAUGGCAAAUGGAAGCUUAUUGGACUUUUUGAAAAGUGACACAGGCUCCAAAAUACAGUUACCAAAGCUAAUAGAUUUCUCAGCACAGAUAGCAGAGGGUAUGGCCUACAUCGAGAAGAAGAAUUAUAUUCACCGAGACUUGAGAGCUGCUAACGUGUUGGUUUCAGAGAGCCUGUUGUGUAAAAUAGCUGAUUUCGGACUAGCCAGAGUAAUUGAGGAUGACCAAUAUACAGCACGAGAGGGAGCAAAAUUUCCUAUCAAAUGGACAGCCCCUGAGGCCAUCAACUAUGGUUCUUUCACUAUCAAAUCAGAUAUGUGGUCCUUUGGAGUUCUCAUCUAUGAGAUUAUAACGUAUGGGAAAAUUCCUUAUCCAGGCAUGAGUAACAGUGAGGUCAUGAGCUCUGUCCAGAGAGGCUACCGGAUGCCCCGUCCUGAAAAUUGCCCCGCUGAACUUUAUGAGAUCAUGAACUCAUGUUGGAAGAGUAAACCGGAUGACCGGCCCACAUUUGACUAUAUUCAGAGUGUACUGGAUGACUUCUACACAGCCACUGAGGGCCAGUACCAGCAGCAGCCAUAAGCCUGCAGAAACAUUCAUCAUAACAUUUCACUUAAAGAAACAGUUCACCCAAAAAUAAAAAUUCUGUCUUCAUUUACUCACCCUCAAGUUGUUCUGAUGAACACAAAAGAAGAUGUUUUGAAGAAUGUGGGACAGCAAACAGUUCUGGGGCACUUUUGUCUACCAUUGUAAUUUUUCCUACUAUGGUAGUCAAUGGUGGCCCUGAACUGUUUGGUUACAAGCAUUCUUCCAAAUAUCUUUUUCUGUGUUCAUCAGAACAAAGAAAUUUAUACAGAUUUGGAACAACUCGAGAGUGAGUAAAUGAUGACAGAACUUUUAUUUUUGGUGAACUGUCCCUUUAAACCAUGUUUGUACUGUUUCAAGAUGAUCAAUGAUUUAUCUGUGAAUUAAUGUAUUAAUAUGUAAGGAAUAGUUGAUUGAUCUGCUUAUAGGUAAGCAAGGUUAAGAUUUCCUACCUCUGCUUCAAAUUGAAGUUCUAAAUGCCUGUUUGCUGCUUUUGCUUUUUGCCGUCAACAUUUCAGUGGCUGUUGUAAAUACAAACUUUGCCAUAAAAAAUAUAUGUAUAUUAAAAAGCAAUGCAAUGCAAUAAGAUGGGAUAUUAUUAUUUACACAGAUAUUAUUAUUUACACACAUGUACAUUUUAAAAAAAUAAAAAUGGCAAAAUCCA